AUGUCUCGAUCGUUCACUGGUUGCAAACGAUGUAAAGCUCGGCGUCAGAAAUGUGACGAGCAACGACCGACCUGCGGACGCUGCAAGGCGGCCGGCACACAGUGUGGGUAUGCGAUGCAGCUGCAAUGGGGAGGAAGAGCCUUCUCGCGAUCAAGGUUCGGCGCCUGCGUGGGGACGGGGGGGAUGCAGAAGCUCGAAUACUCCCCGGGAGAAUUUGUCUACACCACGCAUUCCACCUCCCCCACCGCCGUCGAAACGCUUCCCCUCGUGCAACCUGUCGAUCCGUUUUCCUCACUCUCGUCGGACAAGAAGGCUCUGCUCCACCACUUUCUCAACGAUGCCUCUCAGAUCACGGCCUGCCAUUCGGGCAUGCAGAGGGAUAUAUGCAAGAUGCUAGUCCCUAUGGCUCUGCAGACCCCGUCUCUGCUCUAUGCGACAAUGGCUCUGUCCGCGAUCCACCUACAAGCCUUGUAUAAUCAAUCGGAGAACGUCAAAUCGGCGCCCGAUAUCGCCCACCUGAUGGCUCUUAGCCUGGAACAUUUUCGCAAGGAACUGCAGAACCCGCAGACGAAGGGCUCGGAUGCGCUGCUGGCGACGGCACGAACGCUCUGUCUUGCCGAGGUCCACUCGGGGGCGAUCCAUCCCAAGUCGUGGCGAGCUCACAUCGAGGGUGCCCGCGCUUUGAUGGUCGCAACAGACAACCGAGGAGGGGUGUCUCCAGGCUCGUCGGAUGGAUUCCGCAGAUACCUCGACCGAUGGUAUCGAUCGAUCGUGUCGCUGACGGCGUUGACGGGGAACGGGCCCCCCGUCGAAGUCAAGGAAGAGGCGGGACCUGAGCAUCUCAACCCAUCCGAAUACCCGGACUAUCUGGACGAUUACUGGGGCUUCACGGUCAACCUCGCGGCCAUUUUCCGGAAGAUCGGGGCUGCCGCCUGGCGAAAUCAUCCGAGCCACGCGACUCAGGGCAACGAAGUCGCAGUCUUCCACGAGGCCGCGACCCUUGAGUCAUCUCUCCGACGACUCAUGGACCAGGGAGCCGACGCCAUUCCCACGUUUUACCCGGGGGUCGUCGAAGGUCUAUCAGCCACGUGCAUCCAACAAUCCAUUCUCUGCAACGAAGCCUUCCAGCACAGUGCCCUCAUCCAGAUCCACCGCCGUUUGCGAAGAACGCCCGCGGCCGCGCCCGAAGUGCAGGCAUCCGUGCGGCGGAUUCUCGAAUGCACUGCUCAGAUCGGGCCGUCGUCGGGGCUGAGCCCGUGGGUGUUACUCACGACGCCGUUGUUUAUCGCGGGCUGCGAAGCGCAGGGCGAAGACCGCGAGCAAGUACGGCAGCUGCUGUCCGCGCUGCACGAUACGAUCCGAGUGCCGAAUGUGCUGCAGUCGUUGAAGUUUCUCGAGCAGUACUGGGGGAAUCAGCUGGACGAGCACGAGAGUUGGAAUCAGUUCCUAGACACUUCGACCUCGUUUGUCACCGACGCCAGCAGCGACGAAGACAGCCCUGGGUUUCCCUCGCAGUUCACGGAUGGGCCCCCGGUCCAUAGCCGCCUUGUCAGCGAACCCUUUGUCCCGGUCCUGAAAUCGCCCCCAAUCCUCCACAAAAGAGCCGCCACCAUGGCUUUACAUCCCCCCUCCAAUCGUCCUCCACCGCUGCACAUCGACUCGGUGCGAGGCAUGCAGGCGGCCAUGGACUCUCGACACCAACAACACCCACAACAACCGAAAACCCCCGCGAAUAAGAUCAGUAAUUUCUUCGGCUGGCGAGCCCAGUCCUCCUCUCCCGGCGCCGACUCGUCCAGCACCGAAAUCUCCGACACGGGCCGGUCCCCGUUGCCAUCCCCGCUACCGCAGUCUCUUCCCAGUGCCUCCUACUCGAUUACCCCCUCCACCACCGUACCUCUCGACCAGUCCAGACCCUCCGGUCCGAUUCCGCCCAUGCCUAUGCGGAACCUAUCCCUGAGCAGUGCCGGGAUGGCGGAGUCGGGGUCGUCGACGUUGGUGGCGGAGAUUGAAAAUGAGUUGCGGGAGAUCAGCUCCGAGUUGGCUGGGUCGAUCCGGCGGGAGAUGGAGCUUGAGGACCUGGUGGAGCGGCUACAGUCGGAGAUGCCUCUCGACACCCCGAACCGACGCACCAGCGAUUACUUCUCCGAUUCGGGGUCCAGUUCCAUCCGAUACACCUAUGACGGCCGAUUAGAAGACGUGGAGAAGUUCCGACGUACCACAGAGCAAGAGCGAGCCCAAUUGAAGGUCGAUCUGACGCAAAAAUGGCACGAGGAGCGGUCGCGCCGUGCGGCCACGGAGUCACACGUCCAAAUUCUCGAGUCACAGGUACAACAGCUCCGACGAGAACGAGCCGAGUUCUCCGAUCUGUCUUCCCGGGCCAAAGAACUCGAGAGUGCGCUCGAAUCCGCUCGUAGAAAGCUUGCAGAGGAACGGCAGAUCAAAGAUAAUUUCGAGGAUCUUCUCACCGCCAUGCGAGUGGAAUUGGAGCAGCUCCGAAAUGAGCGGGAUCAGCUGCGGGACGACGUGAUCCCUCAACUGCAGCAUGGUCAAGGCGGCUCCGCCAACCCCUCGGAGGUGCAGCGCCUACUGGAAGAAGUCGAGGCGUUGAAGAUCGAAAACGCCUCGUUAGCUCAACUGCAGGGCAGUCGGUUCGCUUCGAUUGCCGAGGAGGACGGUUCCAGCCGGCGAAACUCGGGCUUGGGAUUGUCGCGCUCGAACUCGCUGGCUCGUGGCAUGCACUCGAAAUCGAACGGCCCCAGCGGCCUGUCGCGGUCCAGCUCGCUGUCCCGCGCGAACACGGUCUCUGGCCGCGAUCGCGACGUCAACACCCGGGAAUCCCUGGCGGACCGGGUGGAAGGCGCCGAAGCUCAACGCGAUGCCCUUCACCAGUCCCUGCGGCGCCUGCUCGACCGUCAGGCGCACGACGCCCGCGAGUACGAGAAGCGCAUCAAGGUCAUGGAACUGCAGGUGCUGCGCGCGCAGCAAUCGGGCUCUCCGCGCCGGCUCGGCUACGAGCGGGAGGUUCGCAAUCUGCGAGACGAAGUCAACCACCUGCGCUCCCGCGCGCAAGACGCCCUCGACCAGAAGUGGCAAUGCGAGAAGGGGUUGGCGGGUCUGAAGAUGGAUCUGGACCGUGCCGAGCAGGAGACCUCGUCUCUGCGCGACCUGCUGCAGGAGCACGACAUUACCGCUCCCGAGGAAGUUGAGACCGACCGCGACGGAUUCGCCGAGGUCAUCGCCACGUCGUCGUCGCUGGAGUCCGCCUAUAAACAGCUGCAGGCGGACCGGGAACAUGCCGAAGCCAGCGCCGCUCAGUUCCCGCAGGAGGAGCACGGCGACCUCGCCGCCUCCGUCAGUCGCACGGAUGUCUUGGCCCAGAACGUGCGCCGACAGCUCGACACGAACCACACCCUGCGCAGCCGCCUGGCGGAUGCCAUCGGCAAGGGUGAAAAGGACCAGCAGGUCUCGGCCAUUCGCAUCAACGAGAUGCAGGCGCGACUGAAGGAGUUGGAGGACAUGCUCAUGGCGGCGCAACAGCAUUCCGAGGAAGAGAUGGCCCGCCACGACGAGGAGAUCCGUCACCUCGAAGAGACCCACACCGCGCAACUCAUGCGCUUGAAGGACAACGGCGGCCGCAGCCCCGCCACUUUGUCGCCCCUGCCUCCUUCGACUCCAUUUGGCUCGCGUUCGCCGCGUCUGGAUAAAACGACCAGUGGUGAUGGCAUGGCUUUGCCCCAGGCCAUUCAAUCGGAGGCUCUGGAGCAACGGGUGAAGGAACUCGAGCGACUUCUCCGCGAGGCGGACACCGAGAUGAGCGAGGUGGUCAGCCGAAUGAACCGUGCUCAGAUCGACGUGGCGGAACUUCAAUCCGACCGGGAUGAUGCUCUUCGCCAGACUCGCCGACUUCAGUCUGAGAUCCAGGCUGAACGGGAAGCGUUCAAGGCCUUGACGGGUUGA